GGAAGUUCCCCCUCCCUUCUGUCCCGCCGCUCGGUCCCCGCUGGGCUCCGCCAUGUCGCCGGUGCGGGCGCUGCUGGCGCUGCUGGCCGCGCUGGCGGCCCCCGCGGCCGGCUACUUCGUGAGCAUCGACGCGCACGCCGAGGAGUGCUUCCUGGAGCGCGUCCCGUCCGGCACCAAGAUGGGGCUCAUCUUCGAGGUGGCCGAGGGCGGCUUCCUCGACAUCGACGUGGAGAUUACAGGACCUGAUAAUAAAGGGAUUUACAAAGGGGAUCGAGAAUCCAGUGGAAAAUACACAUUUGCUGCUCACAUGGAUGGAACUUACAAGUUUUGCUUCAGCAACAGAAUGUCCACCAUGACUCCUAAAAUAGUGAUGUUCACUAUUGAUAUUGGAGAAGCUCCAAAAGGGCAAGACAUGGAGACAGAAGCUCAUCAGAACAAGCUAGAAGAGAUGAUUAAUGAGUUAGCAGUGGCCAUGACGGCUGUAAAGCAUGAACAGGAAUACAUGGAAGUUCGCGAGAGAAUACAUAGAGCAAUUAAUGACAACACAAACAGCAGAGUGGUCCUCUGGUCAUUCUUUGAAGCCCUUGUACUAGUUGCCAUGACACUGGGACAAAUCUACUACCUGAAGAGGUUUUUUGAAGUCCGAAGAGUUGUUUAAGAAAACUGUUCUGAUCCCAAAUUCUCAAUUCACCGUCUACCAAAACAUCUUGGUCACAAAAAAGUCACUUAGUUUCUAAACCCUCUUUUCUGAACUAUAAAACUUGCUUAAGUUCCUUCCUAGUUAAAAUGACAUGGUUUUAUAUAUCUUCUGUAGCAAAAGCUGUGCUCAAAUCUCUUGUCACUUAAUUGGCAUAAUUUUUUUUUUCACUUGAACUCUGCCUAGUCUGUAUGCUAAGCGAGGUCCAACAGACUGCAAAUGCUAUAAUUCUCCUGUAGUAAUAAGCAAUGUUACUGUCCUUUUCUAACUUUUGUGUUUUCUAUUUUCAUAAUCCAUUGCAAUCCUGUCUAGGGAAACGGUACAUGGCCCUAACGUGACUAUUUGCAUUCUUCGUAUCUUUAACUCCGCAGUAGAUGUUAUGGAAUCAAAAUAAACCCCUCUUCGCUUCCAUGUACUGCCAAGAAGGAGCAAACGAAACAGAACUUUAUUCUGAUAAGGAAUAGAAGACAGCUGAGAACUCCACUAUAGUAUGCAUACCUGGUUACUGUAAAAAAACAAAACCAAACCAGUAACUAUCUUAACUACACUGAUUUGUUCCCCACAUUUUUUUUAAUUAAAGAAAUUGAUAUUACAAUACAUUCUCUGCUCUUAUUAUCAGACGGUUAUCAUGUGGUUUUAGUCUUUUACAGGUUUCUAACUAGCAGAGCCAAUUGUGUGCAGUGUCUUGGCAAACCGUAGUUAUUAGCCCCUUGGUGUUUUCAGGUCCAAAGCUUUUACUAUUGGCACUAGUGCAGAAUGCAUUAGUGCUCAGGAAAUGUGGGUUCCUGAUGCCAAAGGGUUAAUGGUUCUUGAAGGUAUAUUGCAAUGCUAUGCAGCCCUUACAUUUUAAUUUAAGUGGCAUUCUUUGCCAUCAUCUGGUCAUAAUUAGCAUAAUGCUAAGUAUUGGUGUGUUUUCUUUAUUUCAGGCACAUGUGGAUUUUUGUUUUUGUAUAAACAACUCCUUUCUUUUCUUGGUAUCUGAUAAUGGAUUUGAAAAAUUAAAGAAGCGUCUGGUGUGGGUGCUGAGCCAGGAUUAUGUUGUGACUGAUGUAUAUUAGUUGUAAUCUUAUUUUUUGGGGGUGGGGGUAGGGUAUGGUCUUUUCAAGGGAGAAGCUCUACAAGUAACACACAACAGUUUUGUACAAUUAAUUUAAAAUUUGUUACAGGUUUUCAUGUUCCAAGUAAACUUUUCCAACCUUGGGCAGACGCUGACAGCAGUGCUUCGAAAAGGUGUUUGUUGCACCUUAAAGCAACUGUUGUGUGCCAAUAUUUUUGUGUGAAACACUUCAAAAUUGAAUUCUAAGAUGUACAUUUAAAAUUGCUUGUGAAUCUAAAUAUGACCCAGGUUCGAUUAAAUAAACACAUUCUUAAAAAAAAUCAA